GUACUCAAAAAAGUUUCCAAUCAAUACCAAAAAUGAUUUCUCUCUUUAUCAUCUCGUACCUAACAUUCUUUGCCACCAUUAGAGUUGGAUCUGUUUUCUCCAUCGUUUCUUCUAUUCAGAAUCGCCAAGACAAAUAUCCUUUGAUUUGGUUGGACAAUGAGUUCUGGUGGAGGAGGAUCGUCUGAGCCUUCUGGUGUAAAGAAAACAUCGAAGCGACCAAAAUAUUCAAGAUUUACUCAGCAGGAGCUUCCAGCUUGCAAGCCAAUUCUCACUCCAAGCUGGGUGAUCUUGACAUUUCUUGUUGCUGGGGUUGUCUUCAUUCCCCUCGGAGUGAUCUGCCUGUUUGCUUCUCAGGGAGUCGUUGAGAUUGUUGAUCGGUAUGACACAGACUGUGUUCCAGAAUCAUCUAGGGCCAACAAGGUCGCUUACAUACAGAGUGAAGGAGAUAAAAUGUGUAACAGAACAAUAACGGUCACAAAAACUAUGAAACAUCCUGUCUAUGUAUACUACCAACUCGAGAAUUACUACCAAAACCAUAGACGGUAUGUGAAAAGCCGAAACGAUGCACAGCUAAGAAGUCCAAAAGAAGAGAAUGAUGUGCAGACUUGUGCACCUGAGGAUAAUGUGGCUGGACACCCAAUUGUUCCAUGUGGUCUUGUAGCUUGGAGUUUGUUCAAUGAUACUUAUAAAUUUUCGAGAAAUAGCCAAGAGCUUCUCGUGAAUAAGAAAGACAUCUCAUGGAAGAGUGACAGAGACAGUAAGUUUGGGAAAAAUGUCUACCCUAAAAACUUUCAGACAGGUGCUCCUAUAGGCGGUGGAACUCUUGAUCCCAAGAAACCGUUGAGUGAGCAAGAAGACCUGAUAGUGUGGAUGCGAACCGCGGCUUUGCCAAUAUUUAGGAAGCUGUAUGGGAAGAUUGAAACGGACCUGAACGCAGGGGACACCAUAAUGGUCUUGUUGGAGAACAACUACAACACUUACAGCUUCAAUGGUGAGAAGAAGCUCGUGCUAUCAACAACUAGCUGGCUCGGUGGAAGGAACGAUUUCCUCGGGGUUGCUUACCUGACUGUGGGAAGCAUCUGCUUGUUCCUGGCCGUUACAUUCUCUGUAUUGUAUCUAGUUAAGCCAAGGCAACUCGGAGAUCCCUCGUACCUUUCGUGGAACAGAAGUCCUGGAGGUUGACAGAUAUUAGAGUUGGUCGAGGCUUUUCAGUCUUGUUCCCUUCAUCGCCAGGCUGAGCUAACAAAAUAAAUGAAAAUAGGAAAAUAAAAAAGUAUAUAAUAAGUCCUUAUAUGAUUCAAUGUUGUUGACAACAACAUUU